AUGGCGACGUGGGAUGCAUGGGCGCAGGAGGCCAUAGCCCAUGUAUUUGGUGCGACACUCCGGCCUGGUGAAGCGAAUGAGCAUCUUGUCUAUGUGCCGGAAUUGCGAGACGAAUUGGAGGCGGAACGAGGCGAGUCGGAGCCCAUGGCGACGUGGGACAUGUCAGACCGUCUGCUGAUUGCACGACUAUCGCUGGCCGAUGCUCGGGAUACUAGCUGGGACUAUAUCAUUGGUGCUUGGACCCGCUGCGUGCGUGAAGAGCAGCGAAUUCAGGCUUCCUCCCUGUCUUUCAAGUCGCGCGCACUCGAAGGGCUGCAGCAUGCACGCAGUCUGCUCACAAGUUAUGCGGGUCUCUUGCUCGAUAUGCCAGACAUGUUCCCCAGGAGCACCAAGCAUGGAUCUGAGCUUGGCCCUGAGGCGAUGGUACCAACGCUCCUCAACUUGGCAGCGCUGGACGACGACGCACCUGUGCCGACGCUGUUCGAUUGGGACGCCGUACCUCCUUCGCUGGCCGCCUCGUUCGUGCACGAUGUGAUCACGAGAUUCGCGCCGGACGAUGCACUCGAUACGGUGCUGGGCCAGAGUCUACAUGCGCUCACGCAGUGUGUGAUUCGGCCGCCCGGCGCCCCGGCGGACGAAUCAAACCAACAGACCGCCGUGGCUAACGACAUACACGCUGUGCUAGCACAAAUGCUCGGCGUACCCAACCCACAGGCACAAGCCUCUGAAUUCUCCCCCCCGCGCGAAGGAAUGACGAUUGCCCAGCUGGACUGGCGCCCGAUUCAGAUGGCGCUCGCCGCCGCGGUAGAGCACAAAACGCUCGCAGCAGCCCUGCCGUUCUUUGCAUCUUUCCAUCCAGACACGACAGCAGCCCACAUGGAGCGUGACUCGUUAUUGGGCCCGUUAUUACGUCUCUCGUGUUUUCCAGAUGCAUACCCAUCCAUUGCUCACGAUACCUUUACAGAUGCUCGAUCGCGCUCGCCCAUGGAACUGGAAAGCAGCAUGAGCUCCUUGCGCAUGUCCCUGCAUGUCGUGCAAAAAGCCAACUUUCAUAUCUUCAACGCACUCGUGCGCGCCGGUGCCGAGCCACGCGAGCGUGUCCUGGCAUUCUGGGGCGACAUCUGUCAUCUGAACGCGAAGCGCGGAGCUAUGCAGGUGCGAUCGCGCGAAGUGGCCACAGACGCCUUUAUGAUGAAUGUGUUUGACGUCCUCCUCCGCUUUUCAGAACCAUUCGCCGAGCCAACAUGCGGCAAGAUUGACCGAAUUGAUCCCCUGUACCUCCAGUCACAGCGGCGAUGGGAUACGUCGACGCUGACUCGCAUUCUCGCAAGUGAGGCAGAGGGUGUUCAAUGGAUCCAACAUACCCCCGCACCCCAUGCACAGCGGCCCGCCAACUUUGUGACAGAGGUAUUUUUUAUUACGUUGCGUCUCGUGAAUGUGGCGCUCGGCAAGGUGCUUCGUCGCGUAGAGCACCGCGAGAAGGAAAUGGAUCGCCUGCAAAAGCGUGUCGCAGAGCUCGAGGAAUCCCGCUCGACAUGGGACAACGCGCCUUACCCUACCGGCAUCGAACAGGUCCUGCAGCGAGCCAGGGCCCAGAGCGACAAGCUGUACAGCGAAGUUCUCGCCGCUCAGACCCAGCUGCUAGAGCCCGAAUUCGUACAGCGGGCCUUGUCAUUCACGAGCUUCUCCAUGACAUGGCUUGUCCGCCUGGCCGACCCUCGUCAGGCACAUCCACAUACGACCGUGUCAUUGCCUCUACCAAAAGAAGUGCCUGAAAUAUUUCGCAUGCUACCUGAACAUAUGUUUGAAGAUGCUUGCGACACGGUGCUAUUUUACUCUCGCCGAAAGCCCGAUGUGCUCGAUGGACCAGCGCGCGAGAGUAUCACGACGUUCUGUACAGUAUUUUUGUCGAGUGGAUGGUACGUCCGGAACCCCUUCCUCAAGGCCAAGCUCGCCGAAAUGUUGUCGUACAAUGUCAUGCCAUACGGCGCCCUCUCGAUGGGCGUGCUGGGCGAUGCCAUCAACAAUCAGCCACUGGCCAUCGCUCACCUUGUGCCAGCCUUGAUGACGUUCUGGAUCGAGGCGGAGUCGACAGGCUCUCACACACAAUUUUACGACAAGUUCAAUAUCCGAUACCACCUCGGCCAUGUAUUCAAGGCGAUUUGGGACAAUGUCGACCACAAGAAGCAAUUGCACACGCAGGCGCGUGAGAACCAAGCCGAGUUCGCCGUGUUCAUCAACCGGCUCAUGAACGACGUCACCUUCUUGCUCGAUGAUGCGCUCGAGAAGCUGACUGAGCUGCAUAUGAAGCAGGCCGAGAUGGAUGAUCAUUCCGCAUGGCACCAGCGCCCGGCUCAAGAGCGCCAGGAAUUUGAGAGUAUCGUGCGGACCAUCCAAGCUCAGAUCAGAAGUGACUUGGGCUUGGGCCACGAAUUUUUGCGCUUAUUUAUCAUGUUCACGAAAGAAACGAGCGCCUCAUUCAUGAUGCCAGAGAUUGUCGAUCGUCUCGCGGCCAUGCUCGACUACAAUCUCGACGUGCUCGUGGGUCCUCGGUGCCAGGACCUCAAAGUCAAGGACCCCAAGGCAGUCGGCUUUGAUCCACGCAGUCUCCUAAGUGAGAUUCUGUCGGUGAUUUUAAACCUUGCGCCUCACGAAGAGUUUGCGGCGGCCAUGGCACGCGAUGGACGCAGCUACAGUCGUGAGAUCUUUUCCAAGGCAGCUAGUAUUGCUCAGAGACACAUGCUCAAGAGCCCCGUCGAUAUCGAUGCGCUCGCACAACUCGUGGACCGCGUAGAAAAAAUCAAGGCGCAAGAGGCAAUGGAGGAAGAAGACCUCGGCGAAGUACCGGACGACUUCCUGGAUCCUCUACUUGCCACGAUUAUGCGCGAUCCUGUUCGGCUUCCUGCGAGUCGCGCUGUCAUUGACCGCUCUACGAUCAAGGCCCACUUGCUUAGUGAUGGCACGGAUCCAUUCAACCGCAUGCCGCUCAAGCUUGAGGACGUCAUUCCGGCAGACGACGUGCGCGAGCAAAUCGAGGCAUGGAUCAAGGCGCGCCGUGCGUCGUCUUCUCCUACCUAG